AUGACGGCUCUUGCUACUACUGCUGCCCCAGGCAGUAGCCAUCACGAACUCACCGCUCCGAUUAUCACGGCGACGGACGUGUCCGAGUCACCCGAUCUUUUGCCCCUUCGCGCGUACGAGACGACGGAUCAACACCACGUCGGUAACGGUACCAGCACCACCACCAGCGAUCGCCACAACGGCGACCCGCCAAACACUACCACUAACACUAACAACACUAACCCGCAACAACAACAAAAACAAGCCCAAUCUCAGCAACAGCUAUCGGCAGACGACCCUGCAACCUCUUCCCGGGCUACCACUCCCGGCCCUUCAGCAUCAGUCCAUCGCGCAAGAAAGCCGUCUCCAGGCCUAGCAGCGCGAUUAAAAGCCCUCGGCUUUGGCUCCUCCCGCAAAACCGCCUCGCUCCCUCCUCCCAUCCAGCAAGAUAUCGGCCGUCUUCCAGAGGAGCAACUUAGGAAACUAGACCAGGGACACCAGGUCAACUCUGCAGCUGCCGUCAUUGAACGGAGGGGUAGACCCUGGAAGGGUCACAUCAUCCGAAUUCCCUCGAGAUCGAGCCUCAAGUCGGACAAGUCGUCGCACAGCAACAACAACAACAACAACAAACCGGCCCUCGAGUGGCCCGCUUUUCCGUCCCCGAGUAUCGAACAAGAAUUCUCAUCAUACCCAGAACCAGAGCUGCUCCCAGAAAUUACUACGACAGAACCGCUGGAAAUGGACACGAAUAAAUAUCGUCUGCCCGACCACACCAAUGGCAAUGGGGUGAAGGCGCAGUUGGACACAAGGGAGGAGCAUAUCGCGAGAGAUACCCGACCGCCGCCACCACCGCAGACGCCAGAAAUUCCACCUCCGCCGCCGGCAAAGGAUACGCCUCCAACGACAACAACGUCGCGCACGUUUAGUCCAGCCACCCCGCCUUCUGGAGACGUUUUCAACCCGGAUUCGAUUGCAUUGAACCCGCUGGGUCUGCAACGGCCCGGGUCGAUUUACACGUUAUCUCGAGCCUCGUUUGCCAACCAGUUGGCGCAACUAACGUCGUUGCAACUCCCAGAUGCCGAAUCUCUGUCUAGCAAAGUCUCGGCCAUUCCAACAGCCCAAGUAGCCACCAGGGCACUCAUCGGCGCGGCGGAACAAAUCCGAGGGUGGAUCUCCAAAGCGUCCGAGGUAAUUGGCGGUCUGGAAAGCGAAGAUGACGUCGAGUGGGCCGCCGCCGGGGGUCGCGAGGGGGUGGAAGAGGUGGAAAACGCCAUCAUUCGGUUCGAGGAGUUGAUUAAGGUCUAUGUCGGCGCGAUUGAAGAACUGCAGGCUAGGGAGGACAUUACGGCCGUGUCGGCGGAUGAUCUCAGGAGGGCGGUGGCGCAGAUGGAGGCUAUCCUGGAGGAGUGGGGGCUGAUGCGCAAGACGCUGCACAAUGUCAAGGCGCAGGUGGAGAUUGCGAUGGAGUGGGAGGAGCUGUGGAACAUGGUGUUGGGGGAUAUCGAGAAUGAGCUGAACGAGUUGAGCAGGUUGGUUUUUGAGAUGGAGGAGAGGAGGCACAAGAGCGUGUUUGGGGCAGAGGAGGGAGGGGAGCUGGAUACUAUUGCUGAGGAUACGACGCCGGGGGGGUUGAGGCUGCCGGUGGGACAGCAGCAGCAGCAGAGCAAUCGGUUUAGUCUGCCUCCGUUCCCUCUGAGUCCUGGGUCGCCGAGUCCUGGGGCGAUGGGGAUUUCGCAGGACGAUUCGAGCUUGUUGGCGCUUUUUGCGAGGAUGCAGCCGCUUAGGGCUUCGCUUGACUUCUUGCCCAUGAGGCUUUCGGUUUUUGAGGCGAGGGCCGAGGAUACGUUUCCUACUGCUUGCGAGGAGUUGGAGAUGAGGAGGGCGGAUUUGGAUGCCAGCUAUAAGAAGCUGGAGAAAGAUGCCGAGUCGCUCCGUAAAGAGCUGGGCGAGGACAGGUGGGUUUUGGUGUUUCGCAAUGCUGGUCGGCAGGCGCAAAAGAUGUACGAGUCUGUUGAGAGAAGUACGACCUGGCUACGGGAGGCGAUUGAGUCUGGGUUGCAUUUGACGAGCCCGCCGGCGAUGAGCAAGAAGAUUGAGAACUACGAGGCCAGGAAGACACAUUACGGGGAGGCGAUCGAGAGGCUUUUGACGAUUAUCGAUAAGGGGGUCAAGGAUAGGUUUACUAUUAAUGGGGAGAUUUCACGGUUGCAUACCGAGAUGAGGGCGAAGUGGGAGGGGUUGAAGAGGCAGAUUGCCGAGCUUGAUCUUGUGCUGGAGGAGAUCCAGCAGGAGAGGAAGAGUCAACAACUACGGGACUCGGUCUCGAGUAUCCUGUCGAACGGCCGGUCUACGAUUCAAAGCGCCCACGAAACACCCGAGAGCUCGCCCCCGUCGUCAGUGAUAAUGUCCAGCCAGCCGGCCAGCUCCCAGACCAACAUCCGGAUCUCCAAAUCCCGCUCCACCAGCGGGGGGAGCUCACUGCCGCAACCAAGCAGCAGGAGGAUGUCCUCCCUCCCCACGCCCUCCCACUCCUCUAUCACCCGAAAGCCAGUCGCGGCACGGAUGUCGACUCUGUCGGUCCCCUCUAGGGAAGGGUCGGCCACCCCGACAGGAAACCGCACCUCCCGACCGCCUUCUUCGCUGUCCAACCGUCCGAAAUGGAACGCAUCAACCAACACGUCGGAUGUCGACACGGGCCACAACUUCAAACCCUUGACGUUGACAACCCCAAGUCCGUACGCUAAGAAAACUCCGACUCCGGUCCGGUCAACCUCUGCCCUCACCCCUUCUUCGUCCAGCUCGAAGCUACCCACGUUGCGAAGCCCGCUUGGGAGAGCCUCGAGUGCGUCACCUCUGCCGGAGGAUGAUUUGAUGACUACUCCCAAAUCGCACUCUGGGCUCUCGUUUCGGGAGCGGUUGGCUUCUACCCCGGGGCCGUAUGCGCAGAGGCCGAGGCUGGCGAGCUCGGCGACCAUGGCUGGGUUGAAUAGGGAUCGGAGGGCGAGCAUGAUGCCUUCUUCGAGGCCGCUGGAGCAGAGUCCUGACGCGGCCGCGAGGCCGGCGAGUUCGAUGGCUGGGAUGAUGGGGGGUAGUAAUGGGAGGAGGUCGAGUUUGUUGCCACUGCCGAGGGAGAGUGGUGGUGACUUUAGGAGGUCGACGAGUGGGUUGGUGACUGGGAGGGCGUCUCCGCAGGCGGUGGAGGGGGCUAGGGUUGCGAUGGGGUUGGGGAGUAGGAACAAGAGUGCUAUGGGGAAUAGGACCGGGGAUUCACAGGAGAGGAAGGAUACGAGGCCUAGGUGGAGAGGGUAG